AUGGAAUUGUGUAUUUGUACAAUGUUCUUGGGUUCUACAGAUCCCAAGCAAAUAAUCGUCUUUGAUAGCAUUCUAAAUUAUAAUUCUCUUAUUUUAUUUUGUUUAACUCAUAUUUUGACGAAAUCAAGUAUACGUAGGUACCUAAUAUGGUUAAAAGAUAAGUUUAUUGAAGUAACUAUUUGA